AUGGCUGAAGAAAUUGCCAAGUCCCAGCCCACUACAUUAUCUCACAAGCCUGGAUUAAAGCCUGAAGACUUUAUUGUUGAUGUAAGAAUGAUCUCUUUAAAUGUUCAUUUUAAAUGAUUUAGAUUUCUUAACAUAUGUGCCUACAAUGCACUUUAGUACAUUUUUAUUUUUGACUUGCCUCUGUGAAGGUUAUCAACAUGGAUUAUGGAAUGAAAAAGAAGAACCCUGUCAAUAAUGUGCGUUUCUACUGCAAGUCUGACCUAAAUAAGGCAUUCAGAAUUUCUAAAGAACAAGUAAGUAAGAUUGGGGUGUGUGUGUGUUUCUGCCUGUUUUAUUACAAUAGCUUUUUAAAGAGUAUCUGAAUCCAUGUGAAAAUGACUACAGAAUUGCAUGGCAAUAGUAGCAACACAGUUCUAAUAUCACCUGCUAUGCAAGUGGUUUUAAGGUAAAAUUCCCCUGUGCAAACAUUCUUGUAACUGAAUGGUGCUGCUGAGAAAUUUGUUGAAGCUUUUUCUGACAAGGUGACAAAAUUAAGUGUAUGUGACUUCUUUUUCCUUCUGUCUUAAGGUUUCAAAGCUCUUACCAGAAAAAUUUGAAGAGCAGCAAAUCAGGGUUUAUUGUAAGACAGCAGAUGAAAUCUGUGAUGCAAGAAAAUAUUUCGUUCAGUGGUGUAUAGACAACAAUUUCACUAAACCACAGGUAAGAAAGGUUUAACAUUUAGCAGGUGCAUCUCAGUGUAGAAUCAUAGAAUUGUAGAGUUGUAAGGGACUCUGAGUAUCAUCUAGUCCAAUGCAGUAAUAUGCAGCUAUUCCAUACGGGGAUUGAACCUGCAACUUUGGCGUUCCUCACCACACUCUAACCAACUGAGCUAUGAGAUUCAGAUCUACCUCAUUCUCUGUAUUCCUUUUGUUCAUCACCUGUUCAUUCUUCCAUAGUCUCCUCUAUCACCAACCCAUUAUUACUUCUGCACAUUAUGAACACAAGGGACCUGAGAAUUCUAAAAAUCUCAGAAAUCUCGUUGGAGGACAACCUAGCCUUUAUGUUUACAUUCUAAAACAACUGUAAUACUACCACUAACUAGAAGUUUUGUAUCUGUUAUGUUUAUUAAUUUCCUUGGAAAUGAUGAGUACAUAAAAUUUGUUGAGAGGGGACUACCACAAAUAAAUGGGGUACAGCAUGAAUCACCCAUUACCCUUUUAUGACAGUUUGAAAGGGCAGUGCAAGAAUGUUUUUCUUGUAAAAUGAUGUGUAAAAAGGCUCCAAUGAGUGUCUUGCUCCACUUGCCAAGAAGAUGACAGAAUGUAUUGACUGUUAAUUUCCAGUGCACAACUGAGCUUCUUUUCUUCAUUUUGAUGCUUUGAUAGGAUGGUGAUAUUGUUGCCCCUGAACUUACACCAAUGAAAGCAGACUGGAAUGUAGUCAAAGAUGACGAAAAGCAUGAUUCAAAGAAAAACAGUUCUACUCCAAAGCCCAGAAAGUCACUUUUUAAUGACUAG